UGUUACCUCUACUGCUAAGCUUCUUUAGGAUCUGAGAAAAAAAAACAUUUUUCCACAUAAAAUUUAUAAAAAUAGUUUUGUUAGUCAAAUAAUGGAGGUAGUUCUGAAACCCAUUUUAAAACCACUAAGGUAAGCAAUAGAUGGCGCUCUUUGUCUAAAGAAGUAAGCUAAAUGUCGCUAUAGCUAUCAAAAGUUGAUAAAAUUAUAUUUCCGCCAUUCCAAGAACUAUCAACUCUACAGAAUGUACAUAAUCUUCUAAUUUUGCAUUUCCUGCCCAUUCUACUUCUUUUUAUGAAAACUGAAUGACUCCUCUAUGUAUGAAAAGUUCUAAGAAAAGAUAACUCAGUAGAUUGCUAAUUCUAAGUGAUUUUUCUUCAAAAUCAAGUCUUUUUCUUAAAACUUCUGCUUUAUUUUUGAAAUCUUUGCCUUCUUUCCGGAGAGAGAAAACUCUCUGGAAAUGAUUUAGUGUCCAUUUUCUUCUUCAAGAUCACCCUUUGUAUGUUUUAUUGACUGCAUUUUUCUUGGAAUUCUACUCUUGGUUAUGCACACCACAGAACCCAAAGGCAAAAGCAAUGAUUGGGAUCUUCUCUCACUCUCAAGAACAUACCUACCAUGUUUUUUUUUCAAUGUUGCAGAGAAUGAGAGACUUAUGUUGGGUUUAAGAUGAUGCUGGCUGGCUGGCUGGCUGUUGAAGUACAUUCAUGGAUGGUAUCGGGGAUUUUUUUGUUCAUGAAGGAAUUUUUUUUGUAUCUCUCUCUCUCUCGGGAGUCUUUCUUAACUAGUCCGACUGCAUUCCAAUGUAAGUUCCCAUGGACUUGCGGGGUAUCUUUUCGCGCGCGCGGUAUCCAUCUGAGGAGAAGAACACUCUCUUAUGCUCAGUGGCUGUGUAGUGUUGGGAUAUGUUAAGAGAAACAUAUACACAUAGCAUAAAAGUAUGUUUGCCAAAGGGAGAAAGGUAGAGAGGUGUUGGUUAGUGUCUGAUGGAGUGUCUCUUUUGCACUUAUUGUUGUUUGCACAGACACUGGGGUUAGUGAGAGAAGCGUCUACAAGGCAUAAAAUACGUUACCCAUACACACAGACGGAUUGGUGCAAAUGCACUCUGAAAGAGAUGUUGAGGAGUGGAGAAGAGUGGAAAGUGGUGGAAAUUUUUGUACAGCAUCUCGGUGGUCCAGCUAAGAGAGCUUGUACGAUGUUUCCCAGCAUACACUGCACUUCAUUCCAUUGUGUCUCUCUCCUCACAGUCGUCCCGGGACAGUGUACUUAUACGGAGUGUUUUUGCUAACAUAUAGAGGCUUUUAUUACAUACAUAACAUAUAUGGAAAAUCUAUAACUAAAAGAGAGACUAAACAUUCCAAUCUUAGUGAUUUUAUUGUGUGAAAAAAAUAGAAAAGAAUUUUCCAGCAAUACAAAUGCUAACUUUCGGUAUCAUUCUAAGGGCUAAAAUGGCAGUAUGUCAAUUUCUGCCGAAACUCCAUAAAUACACAAACCCUAGUUACGAUUGUUGUGACAAUCGCACGCAUGAAGGAGCUGAUGGUGCCGCAGACGUUGGCCCGAGUACAUCAAGUGGAAAUAGUGGUGGUAGUUCAGGUACAAAUACAUCCGGAAGUGUUGGGGAUGAUGUGGGGCCCCAGAUAAAUCGUGCACAAGCCCUUGCGUGUCGUCCAACACCAAUAAUGUCAACAAUUGAGGAUUUGCAUCGUGAAGAGAAUCGCCUACAGACCUUUGAGGGGUGGACGGUUGAAUUUAUUGAUAAGAACAAGCUGGCAAUGCUUGGAUUUUACUUUCUUGGGUAUCAGGAUGUUGUGAAGUGCGCCUUUUGUCGCGUUGAAAUUGGCCGUUGGGAGCGUGAUGAUGAUGUUUUCACUGAGCACUACAGAUGGAGUACAAAUUGCCCCUUGCUACGUCGUCGUCCCACGUCGAAUGUACCCAUUGAUGCUGAGGCAUUGGAUAGGGUGUUGCCGAGUGUCUCCUAUGACACAUGUGGUCCGUGUGGGGUAACAAAUCCACGUCCAACAACCUUCUCCGAGGCAUCACAUCAACCCGUUAGUACGGAUAACUUUACACCCAUGUCGCUCUUCUAUCACACCUCACCGCGACGAUGUGACUAUGCGGAGUUGGAGAUUGAGGCGAAUCGUUUGGCCACAUUCAGGGAAUGGCCGAGGAAUUUGAAGAUGAAACCCGAAGAGCUAUGUGAUGCUGGGUUCUUCUACACGGGUAUUGGGGAUCGUGUGCAGUGCUUUAGCUGUGGUGGGGGCUUAAAGGAUUGGGAGGACAAUGAUUGUGCAUGGGAGCAACAUGCUCUGUGGUAUGAUAAUUGCGAAUACCUCAAAUUGAUAAAGGGACAGAAGUACAUUGAUGAAGUUAAGGCAAAACAUGCGCAGCGACAAGCUGAGGCUGCAUCAUCCACAAGCACAGCAACAGUGUCCAGUGUAGCAGCAGCAGCAGCGGCCCCAAAAGACGAUGAGGCGUCUACCGUUAAAUGUGAAGAGGUUAAUGCCACAAAGGGUGGUGCCGUUGGAUCACCUGGGGAGGCAGUAGAAAAUAAACUAUGCAAAAUUUGCUUUGUUAAUGACUACAAUACGGCUUUUCUGCCGUGCGGUCACGUUGUUGCGUGCGCAAAGUGUGCAUCAUCUGUUACAAGUUGUCCACUAUGUCGGGAACCGUUCACAACAGUGACCAGGAUAUAUUUUUCUUAAAAAUUAUGGCUAAUAAGAAUUUAAUGAUUAUGAAGAAAAUUAUUUGUUUUAAACUAGUCUACAAUAAAACUGAACUUUGCAACUGUCGCGUUCACAUCAGUCCCAUAUUGAUGUGAACGCGACACCAAUUCAAUUAUGAUUUUUGUUUAACAUUUUUUUUCAAUUUAACUUUUUUUUGCGCAAGAAAGAGCAAGAAAUAAACUUUAUAAGUUUUUCUGAUAGAAUUAAGUGCUUAAAAGAAAAUAAAGAAUAAUAAAAUUUCAAA